GUUAUCAGAAGUAUCGAAGUAUUUCAAAAUGUGUACAGAUAAAAUGAAAAUACGGACAUCUUGCGGACAUUAAAUUGCGGACAUCUUUAAACUGAUAGUAAUGGGAUUACGAAUCGUUUCAUUAAACGUGUUUUUGUUUAUCACAGUAUUCACUUUAUUACUACAAGAUUUUCAAGUUGAAUGUCGCGGAGGAGGACGUGGCGGUAGCCGGGGUUCAUCCAGGGGCUACAGAGGUGGUAGUGGAGCAGGAGGGGGAAGUUCUGGUGGCUCAGGUGGAGAUGCUUGGUGGAUAGUUCUUGCCGUCUUCGGAGGAAUAUUUCUCUUCGUAGCUAUUGCUUUCCUUGUCCAUUAUAUUCGCAGAGAAUGCUGACAGCUGUCAAAAAAGUGUCGAACAUAUAAUGCUGUUUUGAACAAGGAUGAUGAUGACGUCAUACUCCACAGAUCAACAUAUACAAUAUACAUUACGGUUGUGCAAUAUAACAGGACUUUCAGGUUGUCUCAGGCUUAUACUUAAUCUAUGUGUCAUUAGCUAUGCGAUAUAACGGGACCUUCAAGUCGUUCUAGGCUUAUGCUUAACCUUAAUUGUGGUUUAUUAUAUAUCUACAAGAAUAUACAUCUAACUCGGUGACUGGAAGCUUGUAUAAAAAUAAUGUGUCCCCCAGAACCGCAUCAGUAAAAAGACUAUGCCGAUAUGAACAAGUUAAACUGAUUAUAACAAGAAAUUCGAUAGUAUCAUAUUUGCGACGGAAAUGAGAGACCGGUAUUUGCUUUGUGUGGUACUGUUUGUCUUUCGUCAAGUUCAAAGGAUAGAUUUUAUGAUAAAAUGGUUAUCUGUUGCAUAAUUGAAACAUACAACACUGUGUAAUGGAAGCGAUUUUCAUGUUAUUUUAACUAAGUCUUUUUUGUAUGUAUUGUGUCGUUUUUAUUAUGGAAAAGACUUAUCAUGAAAAAUACACAAACCUUGUCUAGAUCAGAAUGACAAACGGGAAAGACUGAUAUUAUUUGAUUUAAAUAGAGAGUUCUGUCUUAUUUUACAAAGGAGAACUUAUUCUAAGUGUUUCGUUUGUCAUCCUGGAAUGCUGCUUUUAAUACGGUUAUAUGUUGUAAACUUGUUGAAACAGUUUAGCAGUCAUUGUGGAUUUUUGUACACUUAUAUUUUAUUUAUUAAUUAAUUUUACAUAUUUUGUACUUGUUUAUGCUUUUGAACAUAGCUAGAUGGUCUGAGGAUUUUAGUCAGAUUGAACAGUUGCUGAAUGUUGUCUUUAACACUUGUUAAUUUGUUAAUUAAAAGAUUCUCAUACUUGUA